AUGGUUGGGAGACAUGGUCUGAAUGCCUUUGCGACCGGAAAACCCAGCACGAGCUCCAGCGUGAGCACCAGCACGGGCUCCAGCACCCACAGGGACCAUGGAAAUCCGUUCAGGCCAAAACCUGCAAUAUUCCGCUUCCAGGACGGUGCGAACCACGCCUUGGAAGACGAGAGGAGGAAUCAGCUCAAGCACAAGCUCAUAGAUUCGGUCCAGGCCGACGAGCUGGAGAAGUUCAGGAAGACAGAAGACCAGCUCAAGUCUAUCAAAGACAAGAGCAUCAGGCAUUUCUACGAAGGCCAGAACGAGACCCUGGAUGACUGGCUCGAGGUCGACUCGGUCGUCCGCAGCAUCGCAGAUGACAUCCUCGAGUCUUUCGACCCGGACAGGGACCACGAUGGUCAUCGCGAGCACGCCGGUAAUCUGCAGAUGCAGAACGAAGACGUGGAGGCGUUCCUCCCACAGAACCAAAUCGACCAGCGCAGAAAAGCUGCAAGAAAUGCCCGAAGGGCCAUUAAUGUGAAUGUAGUAGCCAAUGUCUUACUGCUGGCUGCCAAAGUGACGGCUUGCUUCUUCUCGUCGUCGCUGUCGCUCAUCGCUUCAACUGUAGAUAGCGCCCUGGACUUACUUUGUACGAUCAUUGUCUGGACCACCAACCGCCUUGUGCAGUGGCGUCUGACUGCCCUUCAGCGUCGGUUCCCUGUCGGCCGCAGAAGGCUCGAACCACUUGGCAUCCUCGUUUUCUCCAUCUUUAUGAUCUUGUCAUUCGCACAGAUCUUACAGGAGUCUGUAGAGAAGCUCAUGCCUUCAGGAGACCACACGACCGUCGAUCUCGGGGUAUUAGCAAUGGCUGCUAUGGUUGCAACGAUUGUCAUAAAGGGAAUAAUCUGGUUCGGAUGCAUCAAGGUUAAAACGACACAGGUCCAGGCCUUGGCCCAGGACUGUAAGACGGAUGUCUAUUUCAACAUCCUGUCGCUCUUGUUUCCCCUGAUAGGAAAGCAAGUCGAUGUCUGGUGGCUUGAUCCCACUGGUGCCUCUAUUCUAUCUCUCUUCAUUAUUUGGGAUUGGGCUGGAACUGCCCUGGAGAACGUUACGCGGUUGAGCGGCUCUGCGGUCGACGACAAGUUAUUUCGGAAGCUCAUAUUCCUCGCCUGGCGAUUCGCGCCGAUCGUGGACGGCUUUAAAAAUCUGCAGGCUUAUCAUGCAGGCGAUGGUGUCUGGGUUGAGGUCGACAUUUUAUUGGAUCACCGCACUCCGCUUAUGAGAUCCCAUGAUAUAGCGGAAACACUUCAAUAUUGCCUUGAGGGUCUACCUGAGGUCGACCGAGCAUUUGUAACAACAGACUACGCCGAGUCAGGCCCGACUGGCCACAGUUCCAACAUGUCUUGA